AUGGCGGCCCCGCCCCUCGGCCCGCCUGUUGCUGCAGGCCGGCCGGGCGCCCCGGCGAGACCUGGGGCGGCUGGGCUGGGAGCAGAGCUUCCCCCGUCGAGCGCCGAGCAGCCGCCCGAUUCGUCCUUCCGCCCUGCCUCUGCGACUCUGGGGCUGCUGCAGGGAGGGCGGAAGGUGCGCUCAGGCCGCGGCCUGGCUGUCCCGGGGCCGCCGGCGCGGGUCAUGUCGCUGUGGGGGGAGCCGCUGCAGGCCCCUCCGCCCGCGGCCUCGCAGCCACCCCUGGCCGCGCCCGCGGGGCCGCCGCCCGCGCCGUUGGCCAGCGCGACCCUCAACCGCCUGCGCGAGCCGCUGCUGCGGAGGCUCAGCGAGAGCUUGGACCGGGCGCCCGAGGGCCGGGGCUGGAGGAGGCUGGCCGAGGUGGCGGGGACCCGGGGGCGCCUCCGGCUCAGAGGAGGAAAGGACCGUCGGGUCCAGAAUGUAAAGAUGUUCGCCUUCAGCCGUCUGAGCUGCCUGGACCUGGAGCAGUGUUCUCUCAAGGUCCUGGAGCCCGAGGGCAGCCCGAGCCUGUGCUUGCUGCGGCUGCUGGGCGAGAAGGGCUGCACCGUCACGGAGCUGAGCGACUUCCUGCAGGCCAUGGAGCGCCCCGACGUCCUCCAGCUGCUCAGCCCCCCGGGAAUCAAGAUCACUGUAAACCCAGAAUCAAAGGCAGUCUUGGCAGGACAGUUUGUGAAACUCUGUUGCCGGGCAACCGGCCAUCCUUUUGUCCAGUACCAGUGGUUCAAAAUGAAUAAGGAGAUCCCGCAUGGAAACGCUGCAGAGCUCAUCUUCAACAGCGUGCACGUCAAAGAUUCCGGCUUUUACGUCUGCCGAGUUAACAACAACUGCACCUUUGAAUUCAGCCAGUGGUCCCAGCUGGAUGUGUGUGACGUUGCAGAAGUUACAGGAAACUCCCGGAGAAGUCUGGACGGCGUCUCCGAGGCCAAGCUGCAGAUCUGUGUGGAGCCCGCGUCGCAACGGCUGAGGCCAGGCAGGACGUUGGUGCUGGAGUGCGUUGCCGUGGGCAGCCCGAUCCCUCGCUACCAGUGGUUCAGGAACGAGCUGCCACUGGCCCACGAGACCAAAAAGCUACACGUGGUGCCGUGCGUGGGCCUGGAGCACCAGGGCACCUACUGGUGUCGGGUGUAUAAUGACCGAGAGACGCAGGAGAGCAAGAGGGCGGACAUCGUCAUAGGAAGAUCAGAGGAGGCCGUGGAGUGCACUGAAGAUGAACUAAACCAUCUCGAGCACCCUGAUAACGAAGAGCAGGUCCCUGAACAGCCAUUGGCAAAGGACAAGGUGGCGCUUUUGAUAGGAAACAUGAACUACUGGGAGCACCCCAAGCUCAAAGCCCCCUUGGUGGACGUGUACGAACUGACCAACCUGCUGCGGCAGCUGGACUUCAAGGUCGUCUCGCUGCUGGACCUCACGGAGUCCGAGAUGCGCAGCGCUGUGGACGAGUUCUUGCUCCUCCUGGACAAGGGCGUGUACGGAUUACUGUAUUAUGCAGGUCAUGGUUACGAAAACUUCGGGAACAGCUUUAUGGUGCCUGUGGAUGCUCCCAAUCCCUACCGGUCAGAAAACUGCCUCUGUGUGCAGAAUAUACUGAAACUGAUGCAGGAGAAAGAGACCGGCCUCAACGUGUUCCUGCUGGACAUGUGCAGGAAGAGAAACGACUAUGAUGAUACCAUUCCGAUCUUGGAUGCACUCAAGGUCACUGCCAACAUCGUGUUUGGAUAUGCCACGUGCCAAGGAGCAGAAGCUUUUGAAAUCCAGCAUUCUGGGCUGGCAAAUGGGAUCUUCAUGAAAUUUUUAAAAGACAGAUUAUUAGAAGAUAAGAAAAUUACUGUGCUACUGGAUGAAGUUGCAGAAGACAUGGGCAAGUGCCACCUCACCAAGGGCAAGCAGGCCCUGGAGAUCCGCAGCAGCCUGUCUGAGAAGAGGGCCCUCACUGACCCCAUACAGGGGACCCCGCACUCGGCCGAGUCGCUGGUGCGGAACCUGCAGUGGGCCAAGGCACACGAGCUCCCAGAAAGUAUGUGUCUGCAAUUCCAGUGUGGGGUUCAGAUCCAGUUGGGGUUUGCAGCCGAGUUUUCCAACGUCAUGAUCAUCUACACAAGCAUAGUCCACAGACCGCCGGAAAUCAUCAUGUGCGAUGCCUACGCGACCGAUUUUCCCCUGGACCUGGACAUUGACCCCAAAGAUGCGAAUAAGGGCACUCCUGAAGAAACUGGCAGCUACUUCGUGUCCAAGGACCUGCCCAAGCACUGCCUCUACACCAGGCUCGGCUCGCUGCAGAAGCUGCAGGAACAUCUGGUCUUCACCGUGUGUUUAUCGUACCAGUAUUCCGGGUUGGAAGAGACGGUGGAGGAAAAGCAGGAGGUGAAUGUCGGGAAGCCUCUCAUUGCCAAACUGGACAUCCACCGAGGCCUCGGAAGGAAGACAUCUUUCCAAACGUGCCUCGUGCCCAAUGGCCCCUACCCGAGCCCUGCGACCAGCUCGGGGGCCACCGGACACUAUCACUGUUCUCACCAGUCACUCCACCGCGACUUCUGCCACGCCCAUGCUGGCUGCCCAGGCCCCUUGGGGCCGGCCGACGGGUGCCACUGCAGCCGGACCCCAGACCCCUUUGUCUCCAGCUACCACACCCGCCACUACUCGUCGCAGUUUGUGAGAAGUAACGUCCCCGUGGAGACCACCGACGAAAUACCAUUCAGCUUCUCGGACAGGCUCCGGAUUGCUGAGAAGUGACCUCCCUCUUUCUGAAAGGGGGCACAGCUACUAGACGGCGCAUCCACCACCAAUGGUCCCCACGAAGGGGUGUGUGGACAGGGAGCGUGUCCAUUCCCAGAGAAAGAACACUCAGCACAGCACUUUGAUGAGCAGCUCAGGACCACUGCUCGGGGACAGACUGCUUCCUGUCCCAGUCACUUUGAGUCGGCUGCGUGGUUCUGUGAAAACCGAGUGUGGGCGUGUGCACGUUUGUGUGUGAUUCGCCAACAUUGCCAGGCCUGCUCUCUGGACACUCUUGACGUGAGCACUGGGAAUGCCCUCACAGCAGAACCAGAGUGGACCUUGUGUCGGGAAGAUUGGAAGCAUUGUGUCCGGAUUGGGCCAGCACAAAGCCGAGGCUCCGGGAUCCCUCCCUAGCAUUUCUCCUACACACCACUCCCUCACAGGCAUGGGCUCCAGCUUCAUGAGGAGGGUCAAGCCACUCACCUGGAGGUCGGCGGUUCAAACCCAACAACUACUCACAGGAGGAAGUCGCCUUCCCUAAAGAUUCCAGCCUCGGAAACCCACAAGGGGCAGUUCUACCCUGUCCCAAAGGGUCGCUGUGACUUGGCAUCAACUCAA